UCUACCAACACUCACCAACACCAACCCCCCACCAACCCCAACUUACUUUCAAUAUGUCUGGCAAAGGAAAGGCUGCUUCUGACUCCAAGUCCGCUUCGCGAUCCAGCAAGGCUGGUCUCCAGUUCCCCGUCGGUCGUAUCCACCGUCACCUCCGCAACGGCAACUACGCCGCCCGAGUCGGUGCUGGUGCCCCCGUCUACCUCGCCGCCGUCCUGGAGUACCUGGCCGCCGAGGUCCUCGAGUUGGCUGGUAACGCCGCUCGUGACAACAAGAAGACUCGUAUCAUCCCUCGUCACCUUCAGCUCGCCAUCCGAAACGACGAGGAGCUCAACAAGCUCCUCUCUGGUGUCACCAUCUCCCAGGGUGGUGUCCUGCCCGGUAUCGCCUCGGAGCUCCUCCCUGCCAAGAGCGGCAAGAAGAAGACUGCCUCUCAGUCCGACUAAGCGGAGCGCCACCGUCACACUUUCAUCAGGAUCGAUUAGAGGUAGUCUCUCAGCAGCAGCAGCAGUCGUAGUCGUAAAGCCUUUGCGCUUCCUCCGCUCGCUCGUCACCUCUUCUUAUAUUCCUUGUACACGCGCCCAUGUCUCUACCCGCACUUUCACCGAUGUGUCCCAUCUAGUUUCUUCCUUGUACUAUAAGUCCUCUCCAUCGACGAGGCUUAUACUGUAAUAGUAGCAGUCUGCCCCUUUUCC